UGAUGACGCGAGAGCCCGCGCUCGCGGUUUCAGCGACUAGAGAAGGGAGUUGAGGAAGGAGUUGGGGUCCGGGUGGGGGCAGUCCGGGUGCAGCCGGAGAGAGCUGGGUCGGACAUCCAGGCAAUAAUUUCAAGAUGCCUGGACGUUCGAGUUCAAGUUCAGGCUCAACUGGUUUUAUAUCCUUCAGUGGUAUAGAAUCUGCUCUCUCCACUUUGAAAAACUUCCAAUCCUGUAUCAGCUCUGGAAUGGACACAGCUUCUAGUGUUGCCUUGGAUCUUGUGGAAACUCAGACUGAAGUGAGUAGCGAAUACAGUAUGGACAAGGCAAUGGUUGAAUUGGCCAUGAUGGAUCGGGAACUAAGCCAUUACGUAAAGGCUGUUCAGUCUGCGAUAAAUCAUGUAAAAGAAGAACGUCCAGAGAAGAUACCAGAUCUAAAAUUAUUAGUGGAGAAGAAAUUUUUGGCUUUACAGAAUAAGAAUUGUGACACAGACUUUCAAAAUAAUGCAAAAUUUGUACAGUUUAAACAACAGCUGAAGGAACUGAAGAAGCAAUCAGCGAAACCUAAAGAAGAUGGAAGACACAAUGAGGUCGACAAGAUUAAGGAUAAGGAUGCAAGUAGAGCAGGCAAUGGACGAGAUGGUCUUCAAGCCGACAGAGAGGUUGAUGGAACAGAAGGAGUUGAUGAAGAUAUGAUUGUGACCCAGAGCCAGACCAACUUCAUCUGCCCCAUUACACAGGUGGAAAUGAAGAAACCGGUGAAAAAUAAAGUGUGUGGCCACACCUAUGAAGAGGAAGCCAUUGUUCGCAUGAUUGAGUCCAAGCACAGGCGGAAGAAAAAGGCCUGUUGCCCCAAAAUUGGCUGUAGCCACACAGAUGUGAGAAUGUCAGACCUCAUCCAGGAUGAAGCACUUAGAAGGGCCAUCGAGAGCCACAGCAAGAAGAAAACUCGUCACUCCGAGUAGGACAAACACACCUCCCUACAGGGAUGUCUGCAGCCUACCUCCUACCCCAGCCAUCUGGAGAGAGCGGUGCUUGUCAGAGCACUUCGACUGGCUGCAAAGUAUACUUUGUUGGGGUAAAACUCGAAGGUUUUAAGUGUAAUCGGAAGCAUUUUUCUAUGUCACAACAAAACUUCAAGCAUAUUAUAUUGUUUAUUUUUGAGUGUCCUGUAAUUUGAAAUAAACCUUUGGUUACCUGCGGCGUGCCCUAUCCGUGCACCCCCCGGUGUGUAAACUGUUCCAAUGGUGCAGGCAUGGUGGGGCCAGGCCUUUCUAUUCCUAAUAUUUCCGACUGUUUUUUUAUUACAGUUUUAACUGAACAACGUCUUUCAAAGGAUAUUGACGGGGAAACGUGUAGAAACAUCCCAGGUGCAAGCAUUUUCUAUCAGCAUCAUAAAUAACAGCCUGAGGUUCUAAAGCAAAUUUACUUUGUCUACUGACAGUUCCAAAUAUGUAAAUGCUUUUAUUUGUCAUUCUGACCAGCCCAGAACGCUCCGGUAACAGGCUUAUCAGGGCAAUGGUAGUUGAUGCCCUUAAUGGAAACUUCGCCACAGCCCUCUGAGAGCCUAAAGUAUCGUCAGAAGCAACCACAUCCUGACGGUCUCUGUCUCGCUCCGUGGCUCUCAUGCCCCUGGGCCUUGGGGUUUUCAACCAUGAAGUGGAGAUGCGAAGCGAAAUGUUCUCUGGUGUCCCUUUGGCCCUGAAAGUCUGUGGACUGAGGAGGACCGGCCAGGUCUUUAAAUUGAGUAUCUUCGGUUAUACUCGAAUUGUGUGAAGAGUGCUAAUCUAUUAAUAAUUUCCGUAGCAACCUUUUAUCAACCAGUUACACAAGGAAACCAAGAAACGUUAACAAUUGCUAACAUUUAUUGGACACUUACUGUGUUCCAGGUGCUGUUCCAAGGUGACCUAUCUAUGUUCACUCCUGUAGUCUUCACUGCCUGAUGAGAGAGGUACACUUACUAUUCCCACUUUACAGAUAAGUCCAACGAGGCACAGAGAGGUGAAGGAGCCCGUGGAAGGCCACAGAGCUCGUAAGUGGCUGAGCUGGGACAAGACCUCAGGUAGCCCUAGUCCCAGAGUCUGAAUUCUUAAUCCUGUACUCUCCUCCUCCCUAUUGGUUUAUUUAGAUCUAAAAAUCUAUUCAAAGCCCACAUUUAAAACAUGAAGCUUCUGUAAAUAAACAAGCAUAUCCAUGCAUCUAUGCAAAGAAGUUCAUUAACCGGAGUUAACGUCUACUAGGCAGCGAAGGCCAUAAAAUAACGCAUAGUUGAGUUCAAAUGCCUAGUCUAAAUGGCAGAGUUAAUUUUGAAAACACGUUCAUGGAAUUCAGAAAGGAGGAUGACAUUCGGUUGUCUACAAACCAAGUCAAUUUGAAUUUCUUAAGCUGCUUCGUCUGAAUCAGACUUCCUGAGGAAAUGAUUAUGUUUUAAGCCAGAACAAACAGACUUUUCAUGGAAUGUGGUUCUUUUGUGAAAUACUUUGUUUCCUAAACAGAUAGCGACAAGCAUGAAAUACUUGCCCAGGAUUUGAUUUGUGUUUUCCCCGACUCUUUCUAAAGAGAAUUCCAGAAUAUUGGUGUGGACACCAGUAUCCGUUCGAAAAAUGCCAAAUAACACCAUUCCGCUGUGGAAGAGGUGCAGCCUUUCAUAUCUUGUGAGGUUUCUUUCCUUCUUUUUUAGUCUUCAGAAG